GUUUCUAAUGAAGAGGCUAAGCAAAUAGAGAUUUCCAAACUUCAAAAGAUGUUAGAAGCUCUGAAUCUUGAAUUAGAUGCAGCUAAAUUGGCAACAAUUAAUGAGUGCAACAAGAAUGCAGUUCUGCAAAAUCAAUUGGAAUUGUCAGCAAAGGAAAAAUCUGCUUUAAAAAGAGAGCUAGCUGCAGUAGAUGAAGUACGAAAGGAAAAUGCUGCAUUGAAGGUUUCUUUGGAUUCCUUUGAAAAGAAGUACGUAGCUUUAGAGCUUCAGCUUAUGAAUGCUCAAAAAGGCCGUGAUGAAACCAUUGAGAAGCUGAGGGAGCUUGAACAGAAGUGCUCUCAACUCGAGCAAAAUGUUAAAAGCCUUGAGGAAAAGCUUUUGAGUUUAGAGGAUGAAAAUCACGUGCUUCGUCAGAAAGCCUUAAGUGCUCCUCCCAAGAGUAACCGAACGGGUUUUGCGAAGUCAUUAUCAGAAAAAUACUCAAGCACAAUCGCCACGCGCACUGCACGAAAGCCCAAAUUUGAGUCACCCACACCCACAAAACUUGUUGCCCCUUUUACACUAGGAUCAUCAGACUCUCAUCGAUCUAAGUUAAUUGCAGGGAGGCACCAGGAUUACUACGAAUUCCUCUCUAGGUGUAUCAAAGAAAAUUUGGGAUUCAAAAAUGGUAAACCUCUUGCAGCUCGUAUCAUAUACAAAUGUCUUCUUCAUUGGCAUGCCUUUGAAUCCGAGCGCACAGCCAUUUUUGAUUACAUAAUUGAAGGCAUAAAUGAGGUUCUAAAGGUUAGGGAUGAUGACAUUGUCUUGCCAUAUUGGCUGUCCAAUACUUCUGCACUCCUAUGCAUCUUACAGAGGAACUUACAUUCAAAUGGCUUUUUAACUUCCACUGGUCAACGUAAUACUGGAUCAUCUGGCUUGACCAGCCGGACAGGGCCUGAACCAAAAUUUCCAUUGAAGUUUGUUGGGUAUGAUGAUGGAAUGUCACAUGUAGAGGCGAGAUAUCCUGCUAUACUUUUUAAGCAACAACUAACUGCUUGUGUAGAGAAGAUUUUUGGCCUUCUACGUGACAAUUUGAAAAAGGAACUUUCUCCACUUUUGGGAAUGUGUGUUCAGGCACCCAAAACAGGACGAGGGCAUGGUGGAAAAUCAUCUAGAUCUCCUGGUGGGCUUCCUCAACAAUCAUCUGGCGGUCAGUGGAGUAACAUUGUCAAAUUUUUGGAUUCAAUCAUGGACAAACUACGUCGAAACCAUGUGCCAUCCUUCUUCAUCCGUAAGCUAGUUACCCAGGUUUUUUCCUUCAUCAAUAUUACACUCUUCAACAGUCUUCUUUUGCGGCAUGAAUGUUGCACAUUCUCAAAUGGUGAAUAUGUAAAGUCUGGUCUCUCAGAACUGGAGAAAUGGAUAGUUAAUGCAAAAGAGGAGUAUGCAGGAACAUCCUGGCACGAGCUGAAUUAUAUAAGACAAGCUGUUGCGUUCUUGGUAAUACAUCAGAAGAGGAAGAAAUCUUUGGAAGAGAUUCGGCUGGAUCUUUGUCCGGCAUUGACUGUGAGGCAAAUCUAUCGAAUCAGUACUAUGUACUGGGAUGACAAGUAUGGAACCCAGAGCGUGUCCAAUGAGGUAGUUAGUGAAAUGAGGGAAAUUGUCAGCAAGGACAAUCAGAAUCUUACGUCAAAUUCUUUCUUGUUGGACGAUGAUCUGAGCAUUCCUUUCUCUGCUGAUGACAUAGAUAUGGCAAUCCCUGCUAUAGAUCCUGAUGACAUUGUUCUCCCAGCAUUCUUGUCAGAAUAUUCUUGUGCCCAGUUUCUUAAUUCAGAUUAGAAUUAUUAUCUGUUCUUCCACGGAGAGAGGAGCUGAUGGGGGAUUCACAAGCCUUGAUCCAUUUGGCUACGUCCGCCCCCUAUCCUAUGUAAAAGUUACGAAGACUACGAAGACUACAAUUUCUUCUGUUUUGUUCUCAUUCAUGUCAAUAGUAUACACAUUGGAAACACAAGCUUCUCUUCUCAAGGACAGCAAACUAGUUUGUCGUCAGAUAUUUUUAAUCAUGAUAUCAAAGAUAGAAGAGUGAUUCUCAUGGUUGAUUUGUAAUUUGUAAGAGUGAUUCUCAUGGUUGAUUUGUAAUUUGUCCCUAAGUUACAUACUUCAACCAGCAUUUUGUAAUUAUUCUAGUAUAGAUAUGGUGUAAGCUUCACAUGCUGCUUCUGUUAUUAUGCAGCCCAUCUCUUGGGCAUUUUUUUAGUGGUUUUUAUGUUGUAUUCUAUGUAGAUAUGCAAUUGUAACUAGUGCCUUGGCAUAAGAAAUGGAACUUCAUUCAUUGAUGUAA